AACCCAGAAGAUGUUCCUAACCCCAUACACGGUAUUAGCGCGAGAGCCAAGGCAAAGCCGUAACAUACCCACAGGGAGAUAGACACCGACAAGAAGGGAAAAGGCGUGUGUCAAGUCUCUCUGCCAUGGCUGAUAAUCUAGCAGACGACGAUGACGACGAGAGUUUCGGUGACUUCAAGUUUGUUUCUUUUCCUAAUCAGCCUGUUCAGAACAAUGGGAAAGACCUCCCCGCCGACGACGACGAGUGGGGCGAUUUCAUGAACUAUUCCAAUCAGAUCAAUGGCGGAUCGGCCCACACACCUAAUGGACUCUUCUCUUCCAACUUUCCCUCUAAUUCCGCCAACACUUAUAAUUUUUUUGACCCGCUUCAGGUUUCCCAAGAUCUUACGCAGAAAAACAGCUCCCCUGUGAACGAGAUCAAUCGGGUUGAGUUGGCACCGACCCCGGCAGAGCCAGAAAAGCUCCGGUGGAAUAAGCCCGAGGGUGCUCUGCCGCUGUCAAUCUUUGGCGAGGAGGAGGUGGAGGAGGAACGUACAUCAGGCAAUCUUCCUUUUGGAGAUGAAGCCAAUGUAUUCUCUAAAAAAAUCGGUGAUUCCGUUAAGAAGGAAUCCGAUUCCAACGGCGCCAUUAGAAUCAAUGAUUUAAUUGCGAAUUUGUAUAAUCAACUUCCACAGAUAAAUUAUGACAACGGAUCGAUUUCAGUAUUAAGCGUGUCUGAUUUGAAUUUGCCCGGAGCAAGCUCUAACAUCGUCAGCUCGAUUACGACUAUGGCUGCUUCCAACGUAGACGCUAAUGGACUAAACUCCAUUAUAAACAGUUUAAAUUCUGAUUCUGUGGAUGAAUUAGACGACACCGGCGAUGACGAUGGUGGAUGGGAAUUCAAGUGUGCAGAAUCUGAAAUCCGAACUGAGAGCAAUGAUAUUAAGGUAGAACAGACAGAGCACGAAACAAGCGGUGCGGAUGAAUAUGCGUUCACUUUCGAUAAUGGUGCGCUUGGAGUCGGUGACAUGUUGGACUCGUCUAGCAGGAUUUCCCACAAAGCUGAUGAAUGGAACCUGGGAUUUGAGUUCAAUCCAAGUUCUGCAGUGCAAAAUCAUAUUCAAGUUUCGGAAUCAGGAUCAAAUCAUAAUUUGGAAGCUCCAAAGUUGGCUGCCAUAGAUCCGGUUGGUGAGCAAGUACUCAGAAUUGAUGAUGAAGGUCCCAGCAAUCCUGAUGAUCAAUAUGUUGCAGCAGGAUCUCAUCAAUCUGGUGACUUCAAUUUUGGCUCUAAUCUCUAUCCUAGUUCUCUGGGCGAAGUCCAUCACACGUCAGAGUCCGAUUCUAAAAAAAACCAGGAUGAUGACAACAAAACUUUUAAUGCUUUCCCUGCAAAUUCCAAUGUUGAUUUUGAUGUCAAGUUGUUUGAACCUAAGGAUGCAGUUUCAGAAGUUGGAACAGACCAGAAGAAGAGCCAAGUAAACUCAGAGAAGUGGAGGGAAGCCUUGUCCCUCUCAGUAUUUGGUGAUGAGGUGCAAGAUACCGAUGAGCAUUCUGUGUUUCAAGGUUUUUCUUCUUAUGCACCAGCAUCCUCUAUAAGUAAUAGCUUUAAUAGCCCUGGUUCCAGCUUAGCUAUCAGUGAUUUGAUAUGGGAUUUAUAUGGUCAAGCUGAACAAAAAACUUCUCUUGGAACACCAAAAGGAAGCGAAAAUGGUCAGGCAGUGCUGGACUCCAAUUUAGUCACUUGCGACGAUGAUUUUAAUGAUGACUCCUGGCAAUUUAAGGAUGCUUCACAUGGAACUAGAAGCCUUGAAUCUGUGGAAAACACUCAUUCUAAUCAUGAACCGCAAGUCAAUGAAAACGGGCUACAACUUUUACCAGCGGUUUUGAAACCUGAUUUGAUUAAUGAUGAUGAUGGUUUCGAGAAUGAAUCAUGGGAAUUUAAGGCUGCCUUCUGCGAAUCAAAGAGCAAGUAUCAGGGAUCUAUUAUGGAUCACAAGGAUUUACCUCUUGAGUCGUCAGCAAAAUUAGAGCCUCCUGAUUAUGUAGAUUUCUAUUGCAAAUUGACAGACGACUUGUGCAAUGCCAUCCUGUUCCAUCUCCAGAAUCUCAAGAAUGGCCAAAGUGUUGCUACACUCAAUGGUGAAGAAGCAAAAGCAAAGGCUCUUCAGGAAGAAAUUCAGGAAUUCUCUGACAUGCUACAUGAGUGUAAUGUCCUACCAAAUGAACAUAUUUCGGAGAAUCAACCUACAAGAGAUGUGUCUCUUCGCAAACUUAUUGAAGCUUUGAAGGAACCUAGGUUUCAACUUCUUGAGUCGGAUUACAAGCUAACAUCAAGGUUGUCAAUGGCGGAGACAAAUACAAGAUCUGCUAUUGAACUCCUAAAAGAUACGCUAUCAACGUUAAAAGUUCUCAAGUUAAGAUCAAGAGAAGAACAAUCUAACUAUCUUACUGCGUGGUCCAAAAUAGCGUUAGUUUGUUCUGAGGAGAUGAAACACGGUGCCUUCAUUUGGAAGCAAUCGGUCCAGAGGAAUGUCCACGACCAAAUAUUAUCCAACCCAAAAGGCUCUCAGUAUAUUCAUGCACUCGGAGAAAUUUGUAGAGUGGCAGAAAUUGUUGGACUCUCAGCCAAACUUCACAAGCCAUGGAUGUUAUCAGGUUCUGUAGAUCCGGCAAGAUUGUUUGCACUUUUGAACGAGUGUUAUGCCAUAUGGUCUGAUUCAGGACUUGAAGAAGCCCUUCUUUGUAUGUCAAAUGAAACUAAUUUCGAGCAAGAAGGAAUUUCCACGGAAUUACUCAAAUCCAUUAAGUAUAUCCACGAGCUUGAUGAGCAAGAACUCCAAAGCUGUAUCUUCGCUGGAGAAGAAGCUACUUGCCAGUUGUCAGCCUUACCUGCUGGUUUUAUACCGGGUUUGAAAAUGGUAACCUGGAAAGGGAAGCAGUAUUUCCUCGCGAUUGCAAACUUGUGGAUAAAUCUAGUGAAUUCAGAUUUUCCUUAAUCGAGUCACUGACACCGUGCAACUCUUGCAUGCCACUUGUAACGGGGGGACUCUUCCAUCAGACCUUGCCAGUGCUGUUGAAGCUUUCUUAUGAACAGAACAGUGUGAGCACAAUUGUCGCAGCAACCAGCUUUUUUCUCUGGAUGAAGCCUUCUGGAGCCCUCUCAGCUGUGUUGCUGGACUAGUGGAUUGGAACGAUUGUUUGUAUGGGGUGAAAUUUUGCAAGUCAAUUUUUGAAGUCCUCAUGAUCGUACUUGCAUGACUGCUUGUGCGAUCAUGGCGAAGCUUCCUGGGUAAGAUAUUCUUUGUUGGGUAGACUAGCAUUCUUUCUGUGGAAUCUGGAUGACAGUCAUUGGAUGUUAGAAGUACUGUACUAUUUUGUAGUGUGUAAUCUAAGAUAAGGAUAUAUACCGAUGAUAAUGAAAUCUUAUAAAUGCGAAGUAGAAUGUUAUUCGGGAGGGAA